AUGGAAGUUCGCCCGGAUAUUGCGCUCCCGGAGGACGUGGACAUGGCGCCGCCGCCGCCGCCGGAGGAGGCGCCGCCGCCGCCGCCGCCCGAGGAGCCCGACGGCCUCGAGACCAUGCUCGCGGCUUUGGAGGUCGACUCCAAGGGCCUGUCCGAGGCCCUGACGCCCAACGUGCCGCUCUACAUCCAGCGGGCGUCGGAGCUGCUCUUCGCCAAGGACGACCCCGAGGUCUUCGCCCUCGAGCUCGCGGGCGUCGACGGCACCCUCGAGCAGCGCUGCGUCCUCGCCAAGUGCGCGCUGAAGUGCGCGCUCAAGAGCUGCGAGUCGCGGUGCCGCCACCUGCCCGCGACCAUCGACGCGGCGGCCGCGCGGGGGCUCGUGAUGUUCACGGAGCGCCUGCGGUCGGCCCUCGAGGAGCUCGAGGAGUCGUCGCAGUACCAGGCGACGCCCAUGUGCCUGUCGCCGCGCGCGGGCCGCCGCGAGUCCGACGGGACGGCGUCGACGGACUGCACGGCGGAGACGGCGCCCGAGGCCGUGGAUUUGGUCGUCGGCGGCCGGGAGGGGGGCCUGGACGACGACGUCGUCUGGAGCAGCGCCUUCGGGGACUUCGUGCUCUUCUGCGGCGGCAUGAGCUGCCUCGGCGGCGGCGGCGCGUUGGACGUCGACGCCGUCGCGAGCCCGCGGACGCAGCGGUCCCGGGGCUCGGAGUCGAGCGCGUCGACCAUGGACCUGGAGCACGCCGAGGACGAGCGCGGCAAGCUCGACCGCUACAUCCUGCCGCGGGGCGCGGCGGCCGCGUCGGCCGCCGCGAACGCCGAGGACUCGCUGCCGCUCGGCGCGCGGGGCCUGCUCGAGUCGACGAGCCGCGCGCUCCUCGCCGCCGCCGAGGAGGCGGCGAGCGACCGGAACCGGGGCGCGGCGGCGCGCUGCUUCCAGCGGGCGGCGCUGCACCUCGAGAUCCUGCGGCUGCUCGGCGGGCGGCCCCUGACGGCGCCGCUCGAGACGUCGCGGCGCUACGCGCGCUGGCGCGCGCGGCACCUGAGCCACCUCCUGGAGAACUGCGUGCUGGAGCACGGCCCCGAGGACCCGCGGCUCUUCGAGGACGUCUACGAGGCCACGGACGAGGUGCUGGGCAAGGGCGGCUACGGCGUCGUCUUCAAGGUGACGCGGCGCGUCGACGGCGAGGUCUUCGCGUGCAAGCAGCUCGAGCUCGGCCGUCUGAGCUCCACGGGCAUGGCCCAGCUCCACGAGGAGGUCAACGCCAUGCGCGCGCUCGACCACCCGCACAUCUGCCGCCUCCGCGAGGUCUUCUACUCGGAGCGGCGGCGCUGCUACCUCGUGCUCGAGCUCUGCAAGGGCGGCGAGCUCUUCGACGUCCUCGACCGGCGCGCGGAGCCGGGCAAGCCCGCGGGCGCCAUCUCCGAGCGGCGCGUCGCGCAGUUGGUGACGAUGAUGGUCGGCUGCAUCCGCUACAUGCACGACCGCGGCGUCUGCCACCGCGACAUCAAGCUCGAGAACUGGCUCUUCGACACGGAGGACGUCGACGGCGGCGCGCAUCUGAAGUUGGUGGACUUCGGGCUCGCCAAGGUCUUCGGCGCCGCGGCGCCCGCGCGCGCGCCGCCGGCCGCGUCCGCGUCGUCGCUCCGGUUUUUGACGAAAGAAAAGGUGCUCAACGGGAAGCGCAACGAGUUCCACGACCGCGUGGGUUCGGCCUACUACUGCGCGCCGGAGAUUCUGGGCGGCGACUACGACCGGCGCUGCGACCUCUGGAGCUUGGGCGUCAUCGCGUACAUGCUCCUCUGCGGCGCGCCGCCGUUCUGGGGGUCGACGGACCGGGAGAUCCUGAAGCGCGUCAAGUCGCUGCCGCUGAGCUUCCCCGAGGAGCUCUUCGGCGGCGUGUCCGAGACCGCCGUGGACUUCGUGGCCAAGCUCCUGGAGCGCGACGUCGACAAGCGGCUGACGCCGGCGCAGGCGCUCGCGCACCCGUUUCUCGCGGAGGCGAACUCCAUCGAGAGCAUCGCCCUGGAGACGCUGAGCGGCCUGAGCGAGUACGUCCAGCCCAUCCACGAGCACGUCUUUGGGGUGCCUCCUCCCUCGCCUCUCUUGGAGAGCCUCCGGACGUUCCGGGAGCUCAACGCGUUCACGAAAUUGGUCGUCGAGGUCGUCGCUUCCCAGCUCGCGCCGGACAAGCUCCUGGAGCUGCGCGACGACUUCCUCCGGGCCGACGUCGACGGCAACGGCGUGUUGUCGCUCGACGAGCUCCGGUCGGCGCUCGGCGCGGGCGUCGACGCCGCGGAGCUCGAACAGCUCUUCGACGCGGUGGACGUCGACAGCUCGAACACGGUGGGCUUCCACGAGUUCGUCGCCGCGGCCGUGCUCCGGCGCGUGGACAUCGACGACCGCGCGCUCCACGCGGCCUUCGACGCCAUCGACUCCGAGGGCCUCGGCUACAUCACGCCGGAGAGCGUCCGGGCGACCGUGGGCAUCGACGCGAACAAGUACGGCGACGACGGCGACAUCGACCGUUUUCUGGAGAUGGCCGACAGCGACGGCGACGGCAAGGUCGACUACGCGGAGUUCCUCGACUACGUCAAGCGCGCGCGCCUCGACAGCCUCGGCGCGGCCGCGAAGAAGCUCGACGCCGUCUAG